CGCCCCCCGCCGGUAGUGACCGGGCGCCGAGGCCGCGCCGCACUCGGGGUCCCAGCGCCACCGCUCGCUCACCUGCGCCGCCGCCCCUGCCCGCACCCCCGAGCGCCACCAUGAACUCGCUCUUCAAGAAGAGAAACAAAGGCAAAUACAGCCCCUCGGUGCAGACCCGGAGCAUCUCGAACAAGGAGCUGUCGGAGCUGAUCGAGCAGCUGCAGAAGAAUGCCGACCAGGUGGAGAAGAACAUCGUGGACACGGAGGCCAAGAUGCAGAGCGACCUGGCCCGGCUGCAGGAGGGUCGGCAGCCUGAGCACCGGGACGUGGUGCUGCAGAGGGUGUCGGACUCGGAGAAGCUGCUGUUCGUGCUGGAGGCAGACGCGGCCAUCGCCAAGCACAUGAAGCACCCCCAGGGGGACAUGAUCGCCGAGGACAUCCGCCAGCUGAAGGAGCGCGUGACCAACCUGCGUGGGAAACACAGGCAGAUCUACAACCUGGCCGUGAAGGAGGUGGACCCGCAGGUCAACUGGGCGGCGCUGGUGGAGGAGAAGCUGGACAAGCUGAGUAGCCAGAGCUUUGGGACGGACCUGCCGCUGGUGGACCACCAAGUGGAGCAGCACAACAUCUUCCAUAAUGAGGUCAAGGCCAUCGGGCCCCACCUGGCCAAGGACGGGGACAAGGAGCAGAACAGCGAACUCCAGGCCAAGUACCAGAAACUGCUGGCAGCCUCGCAGGCGCGGCAGCAGCACCUGAGCUCGCUGCAGGACUACAUGCAGCGCUGCACCAACGAGCUGUACUGGCUGGACCAGCAGGCCAAGGGCCGCAUGCAGUACGACUGGAGCGACCACAACCUCGACUACCCCAGCCGCCGGCGCCAGUACGAGAAUUUCAUCAACCGGAACCUGGAGGCCAAGGAGGAACGAAUCAACAAGCUGCACAGCGAGGGUGACCAGCUGCUCGAGGCCGAGCACCCGGGGAGGAACUCCGUCGAGGCGCACAUGGAGGCCGUGCACGCAGACUGGAAGGAGUACCUGAACCUGCUCAUCUGCGAGGAGAGCCACCUCAAGUACAUGGAGGACUACCACCAGUUCCACAGAGACGUGAAGGACGCUCAGGAGCUGCUGCGCAGGGUAGACUCGGACCUGGACCAGAAAUACAGCCCCGACUUCAAGGACCAGUACCAGAUCGAGCUGCUGCUGCGGGAGCUGGAUGACCAGGAGAAGGCUCUGGACAAGUAUGAGGACGUGGUGCGGGGGCUGCAGAAGCGAGGGCAGCAGGUGGUGCCCCUCAAGUACCGCCGGGAGACGCCGCUCAAGCCCAUCCCCGUGGAGGCGCUCUGUGACUUUGAGAGUGACCAGGGCCUGAUCUCAAGGGGCUACAGCUACACCCUGCAGAAGAACAACGGGGAGAGCUGGGAGCUCGUGGACAGCGCUGGGAACAAGCUGACUGCCCCCGCCGUCUGCUUCAUGAUCCCACCCACCGACCCCGAGGCCCUGGCUCUGGCUGACAGCCUGGGCAGCCAGUACCGGAGCGUGCGGCAGAAGGCAGCCGGGAGCAAGCAUGCACUUCAGCAGCGGCACGAGGUGCUGAAGACAGAGAACCCUGGAGCAGAUGCCUCUGACCUGCAGGGGCGGCAGCUGCUGGCUGGCUUGGACAAGGUGGCCAGUGACCUGGACCGGCAGGAGAAGGCCAUCACAGGGAUCCUGCGGCCACCGCUGGAGCAGGGCCGGGCUGUGCAGGACAGUGCCGAGCGGGCCAAGGACCUCAAGAACAUUACCAAUGAGCUGCGGCGGAUCGAGCCCGAGAAGACGCGGAGCACAGCCGAGUGCGAAGCCUUCGUCCAGGCGCUCCCAGGCAGCGGCACCGUGCCCCUGCUGAGGACCCGGGUGGAGGACACCAACCAGAAAUACGAGCGCCUGGUGCAGCUGCUGGACUCGGCCCAGGAGAAGGUGGAUGUGGCCAACCGCCUGGAGAAGAGCCUGCAGCAGGCCUGGGAGCUGCUGGCCACCCACGAGAACCAGCUGGGCCAGGAUGACACGGUGCCCGAGAGUGGCCGCGCCCUGGACAGCAAGAGGCAGGAGCUGGUGGCCAUGGCCUCCGAGCUGCAGGCCAAGAAGUCCCUCCUGGGCGAGGUGGAGCGGAACCUGCAGGCGGCCAAGCAGUGCUCGGGCACCCUGGCCAGCCGCUUCCAGGAGCACUGCCCCGACCUGGAGCGCCAGGAGGCCGAGGUGCACAGGCUCGGCCAGCGCUUCGACAACCUGUGCCAGCAGGUGGAGUGCAGGGCCCAGAGCCUGCAAAGCGCCGGGGCGGCCUACGCUGACUACCGCAGCGGCUGUGACCGUGUGCUCCAGUUCUUGUCCAACACCCCCACUUAUGAGCCCCAGGAGACAGACAGCCUCAGCCAGGUGGAGACCAAGCUGAAGAAUCAGAAGAACCUGCUCGAUGAGCUAGCAGGCAGAGAGCAGGAAGUACAGAAGGUCUACGCCAGCUCCCAGCAGUACCAGCAAGCUGUCAAGGACUAUGAGUUAGAAGCAGAGAAACUAAGGACGCUUCUUGACUUGGAGAAUGGAAGGAACAGCCACAUGAACAAGAGAGCCAGGCUGCAGUCUCCGGCCGCCAAAGUGAAGGAAGAGGAAGCGGCUCUUGCCGCCAAGUUCACUGAAGUUAACGCCAUCAACAGACAGAGGCUGCAGAAUCUGGAGUUUGCUCUGAACCUGCUGCGACAGCAGCCGGAGGCAGAAGUGGCCCACGAGACCCUGCAAGGGAGCCAGCCAGGCCAGAGAGUGGAGGAGGCGUGGAAGAUCAGGAAGGAGCUGGAAGAGGAGACUGAGCGGAGGCAGCAGCUGGAGAAUGAGGUCCGGAGUGCCCAAGAGGAAAUCCGGACCCUGCGCAAUCAGAGGCCACAGGAAUCGGUGGUGAGGAAGGAGGUGCUGAAGAAGGUGCCGGACCCCGUGCUGGAGGAGAGCUUCCAGCAGCUGCAGCGGACCCUGGCGGAGGAGCAGCAUAAGAACCAGCAGCUGCAGGAGGAGCUAGAGGCGCUGCAGCUGCGGCUGCGUGCCCUGGAGCAGGAGACCAGGGACGGAGGGCAGGAGUAUGUGGUCAAGGAGGUCCUGCGCAUAGAGCCCGACAGAGCCCAGGUGGAUGAGGUCCAGCACCUGCGUGAGGAGCUCGAGGGGCUUCGGCGGCAGAAGAGCGCCCGGGAGGCAGAGGUCCUCCUCCUGCAGCAGCGCGUGGCUACCUUGGCUGAGGAGAAGAGCCGGGCGCAGGAGAAGGUCACUGAGAGGGAGGUGGUGAAACUGCAGAACGACCCCCAGCUGGAGGCAGAGUUCCAGCAGCUGCAGGAGGACCACCAGCGCGCGGGCAAGCUCCGAGAGAAGCAGGAAGAGGAGCUGAGCUUCCUCCAGGACAAGCUCAAGAGGCUGGAGAAGGAGAGGGCCAUGGCCGAGGGCAAGAUCACCGUCAAGGAGGUGCUCAAGGUGGAGAAGGAUGUGGCUGCCGAGAGGGAGGUCAGCGACCUCACCCGCCAGUACGAGGACGAGGCUGCCAAGGCUCGUGCCAGCCAGAGGGAGAAGACCGAGCUGCUCCGGAAGAUAUGGGCCUUGGAGGAGGAAAACGCCAAAGUGGUGGUGCAGGAGAAGGUCCGGGAGAUAGUGCGGCCGGACCCCAAGGCAGAGAGUGAGGUGGCCAACCUGCGCCUGGAGCUCGUGGAGCAGGAGCGCAAGUACCGCGGGGCCGAGGAACAGCUCAAGAGCUACCAGAGUGAGCUGGAGGACCUGAAGAGGCGGGGCCCUCAGGUGGAGGUCAAAGAAGUGACCAAGGAAGUCAUUAAGUACAGGACGGACCCCGAGAUGGAGAAAGAGCUGCAGCGGCUCAGGGAGGAGAUUGUUGACAAGACCAGACUGAUCGAAAGGUGUGACUUAGAGAUCUACCAGCUGAAGCAGGAAAUCCAGUCCCUCAAAGACACCAAACCCCAGGUCCAGACCAAAGAGGUGAUCCAGGAGAUCCUCCAAGUCCAGGAGGACCCCCAGACCAAAGAGGAAGUGGAGUCUCUGAGGGCAAAGCUCACAGAAGAGCAGAAGAAGCAGGUGGACCUGGAAAGGGCGAGGGCUUCCCAGGAAGGGAGGGUCGCGCGCAAGGAGGAGGAGCUCUCGCAGGUGAAGGAAAGGGUGGUGCAGCAGGAGGUGGUCAGGUACGAGGAGGAGCCGGGCCUGCGGGCAGAGGUGACUGCCUUCGGGGAGAGCAUCGAUGUGGAGCUGCGGCAGAUUGACAAGCUGCGUGCUGAGCUGCGGCGGCUACAGCGCCGGCGGGCGGAGCUGGAGCGGCAGCUGGAGGACCUGGAGCGCGAGCGGCAGGGGCGCAGGGAGGCUGAGCGUGAGGUGCAGCGGCUGCAGCAGCGGCUGGCCGAGCUGGAGCAGGAGGAGACGGAAGCCCGCGAGAAAGUGACCCGCAAGCAGAAGGUGGUCCUGCAGCAGGACCCCCAGCAGGCCAGGGAGCACAGCCUGCUCAGACUCCAGCUGGAGGAAGAGCAGCACCGGCGACAGCUCCUGGAGGGCGAGCUUGAGACCCUGAGGCGGAAGCUGGCGGCCCUGGAGAAGGCGGAGGUCAAGGAGAAGGUGGUCUUCUCCGAGAGCGUCCAGGUAGAGAAAGGCGACACUGAGCAGGAGAUCCAGAAGCUCAAGCGCAGCCUGGAGGAGGAGAGCCGGAGCAAGAGGGAGCUGGAUGCCGAGGUGAACCGGCUGGAAGCCAAGCUGUCGGAGCUGGAAUUCCACAACUCCAAGUCAUCCAAGGAACUGGACUUCCUGAGGGAGGAAAACCACAAACUGCAGCUGGAGAGGCAAAACCUGCAGCUCGAGACCCGAAGGCUCCAAUCAGAAAUUGAAAUCGCGGCAACAGAAACACGAGACUUGCGGAACAUGGCCACGGCAGACCCUGGGACCAACCUUGACUCCAGACUGUGGUCUCUGGAGAGGGAACUGGAUGACCUCAAGAAGCUCUCCAAGGACAAAGAUCUCGAGAUCGACGAGCUGCAGAAGCGCCUGGGCUCCGUGGCCGUCAAGAGGGAACAGAGAGAGAACCACCUGCGACGCUCCAUUGUGGUCAUUGACCCCGACACGGGCCGCGAGCUGUCCCCAGAGGAAGCCCACCGUGCCGGGCUCAUCGACUGGAACAUGUUUGUAAAACUCAGAAGCCAAGAGUGUGACUGGGAGGAAAUAUCGGUGAAGGGUCCCAACGGGGAGUCCUCAGUGAUACACGACAGGAAGUCUGGCAAGAAGUUCUCCAUCGAAGAGGCCCUGCAGAGCGGCAGGCUGACCCCUGCUCAGUAUGACCGCUACGUCAACAAAGAUAUGUCCAUCCAGGAGCUGGCGGUCUUGGUGUCUGGGCAGAAGUAGGCACAGCGCUUCCCUCUCCUCUUAGAGGCGGACACUGGCCCUCUCCACAGUGACCUCCUGGGUGUCCUCUUCUCCCUAGCGCCAGCCGAGCAUGUCACCCGCACCCUCGCGGUCAGGCUGCUCAGAGCACAGCCCACAUGCAGGAUGGGCACCAGCUAAAGACACAACUCUCCUCCCGCCAUCAUUUAGCCUGGGUGAGUAGCCCGCUUCGUCCUCCAAUGGUCUGACAGCCACCAUGCCCUUUUGUUCUCCCUUUCCCUAUAUACUACCAUCAACAACCUCCUUGUGCAAGGCCUGGAAACAAUCCGAAAGCUACUCAACCACAAGACCACCACAGCAGCCAAGCCCCCUCGAGGCAGCGUGGGCGCGAGCACACCAGACGGCACAUUCUGCCCCAGGCAGGCCCCUCCCCACUGCCUUUCUGCGCAUGGAAGGCCGGGCCCAUCGGGGCUGCUGGCCUGCAUCACACCCCUUCAGGUUUCUGGCUGAGAACCAACUUUCCAUCAGAGAGGCCUCCUUAGUAGCUACCCUGCUCAUGAGGCAGAUCUGGGAUCUGUGCCAGAAAGGCGCAUAGAACCCAGAAGUGUCUGGCUCUUGGUGCUAGAGUGGACGUUAAUUGUUAGCCAGAUUGUCCCAGGAAAACAGACCAAUAGAGAAUGUUUCAUGGUUCUGAAAUCAAAAUGCUCCAAUAGUGGCCUGUGUCGCUGUUAGCCUAAGCUUCAGUGCCUUAUAAGUCUUGUUUAUUAUCUCUUUGGUAUGUAGGUAUAUAAAACAGUUGAUUAUUUACCAAAAGAAUUUCUGGUCCUCGUAUCUCAUGUAUCAUGUAAGAAAAUGGGAAUGGGGAACUUUAUAGUGUGAAAAUAAAACCUGGUGGCUUGAUUCUA